AUGGACAGAUUAAUCAAGGCGGAUGUGGAUUCAAUCGACAUCUCCUUCGUCAAUGGCGGAAACUGCACCCACGCGUUGAAGCUCACAAACCUGAUGCACACCAUGUCCGUCGCCGUUUCUCUCACCUCAACAAAUCCGGCAAUCUUCUCCUUCCCCAACCCUUUCUCCAUCCUCCCACCACUCUCCACGUCAUCCCAAACCCUCGUCUUCACCAACCCCUCCGAUCACCGCCUCCCUCUCUCCACCCCUAACGACGCCCUCCUCGUCCGAUCGUCGAUUCUCCCCACCGGAAAAGCGCACCACGACGACCUCCGCCGCCUCUUCUCCAAGCCAGGCCCCCAUAUCUUCAGAGACGCCGCUCUCCCGAUCAACUUCGUCGGCCCUCACGCGGCGGAGUUCCUCCUCCUCCGUCUUCCUCCGCCGUCGUCUACCCCCCUGGAAAUCAAUUCUCUCUUCUCGAAGGCGAUUUCUCGGUGCGACGAGCCUCAGCUCACUUCUCUGCUCAGAAUUGCGUCGGAAAACGGGAAAUCGCACUUCAUUCCAACCCUAAUUGAAGCCGGAGCUGACGUCAGCAGUAGAGAUUCAGAAGGUGAAUCGUUGAUUUCAUUAGCCGUUAAAUCCGGCAAAAUCGACGCCGUACAAACACUGAUCGAAUUCGGCUGUUCAAUCGACAACAAAAGAGAUCGAUUAUUACUCCACACAGCAGCAUCAAACAACAGAGUGGAUAUAAUGGAAACCCUUUGUUUAAACUUCGUCGAAAUCGAUUUGAAUUCGACAGAUAAUCAUGGCCAAACAGCCCUUCAUCGAGCAGCAAUCCACAACCAAGUCGAAGCCCUCCAAUUCCUCAUCUCGAUUGGAAGCGAAAUCGACAAAACCGACAACGAAAACUGGACCCCGCUCCAUUACGCAGCAGAAGAAGGCCACUUCGACGCAGUCCAGUUCCUACUAAACCACUCGAUUUUCGCCAAAUACGCUGUCACAAAAGAAGGCAGAACCGCGUACGCAUUAGCUGUGGAUAAGGGGUAUUCGAAUCUAUACGAUCCGUUGUAUUUGGGUGAUCUGCUGCACAGAGCUGCGAGGAGAGACGAUGUUCACGCAAUGAAGAGUUGUCUUGCUCAAGGGGCUAAGGUUAAUGGAAGGGAUCAAAAUGGAUGGACAGCGUUGCAUAGGGCAGCUUUUAAGGGGCAUUUGGAGAGUGUCGAGCUUCUUGUUAGCCACGGCGCUCGAGUUGAUGUUGUUGAUGGAUCGGGAUUUACGCCUCUUCUUCGUGCGGUCGAGUCGGGAAAUGUUGAGGUGGCUAUGUAUCUUUUGUCUAAUGGGGCUAAGGCUAGUCUUAAGAGCUUGAAAGGAAUGGUGGAUUCUGUUGAUUUGGAGAGUUUCAAGAAUCAUCCUUCACUUGUUCAUACAAAUUGA